UCCCGGCGGGUUUUUUUUCCCUCCGAGGCUCCAUAUCAGUCCCACUAUCAAUUUGCAAACAAACUCCACCAACCACCGCACAGAGCAAAGGUUGCUGAUUUUGGGUGUUUUUUUUUUCUAGGCUAAAGGUGGUACUACAUUGGCCGAUUGUACACCAGCGCACGAAAGUUCCGGAACGGUGAAUUGAUCGUACUGACCGGUGCAAACUCGGGUAUCGGUUUGGAAACGUUGUUGGAAUUAGCCGGUCGUGGGUGCCACCUUGUGAUUGGAACGCGCAGUGCAACGACAGGCCAAACAAUCCGCGACCGAGUGCUGCAGCAGUAUCCCGGCGCAACGGUGGACGCGUUCGUACUGCAACUGGAAUCGCUUGCCAGCGUCGUCGAGUUCAGUGAGAACGUGCGCAAUCUAAACAAACCGCUGUACGCGCUGAUAAACAACGCCGGAGUGUUCUAUGCACCACCGAGCCUAACGGAAGACGGGCUAGAGUAUCUGUACCAGGUGAACUAUUUGGCACACUUUUUGCUGACACUGCGCCUGCUGCCCGCACUCAAACAACAGCAACCGGACGCGGGCGAUAGCCGCAUAGUGAACGUUGUCUCGCAAGCGCAUCGCUCGGUUACCGAAAUACCAUCGGACGGCAGCUUCUGUGGCCCCCUGUUCCCCGAUACCGCUGCCAACCGAUUCCGAGCGUAUCAGUGCAGCAAGCUUUGCUUGGUACAGUUUUCCUACCGCCUGUCGCAGCUGCUGGCCACAAACCCGGCCGGCAACCCAUCCGUGCACUGCAUUGAUCCGGGUAACGUAGAAACGGCCAUCUACCGUCACUUCCCUCCGUUGGCGAACCGGGUGCUGUUCUGCCUACAGAAACCGCUCAGAAUUUUGCUCAUAAAAACACCGCGCGAAGGUGCCCAGGGCAUACUGUACGCGGUGCUGUCCGAGAAGAAACCACCGUUCUACGUACGCCGCUUCUGGUCCGGCAAGCAGGGAAGCGAUUUCGACGAAAUUAACCCACUGGCGAGGAAAGAACCGCUGGCCGAUACGCUAUGGAAGCGGAGCCGCAAUCAGUGCAGCCAUCAUCUGCUGGAAAUGAUUCUCUAGUGCUACCACCACCGGUGUACGAGGAUCGCACGAAGGGAUUGCGGAAGGAGCGACUAGCGUUCCGGUUUACCUCCGCCGAAAAACCUUCCGAACUGAGCCGUUGUCUUGUAGCGAUCGGUGCCGUAGAAGGGGUCGGUACGCACGAAGCAACAACCUAUCUUGCCGCAGGAACAACGACCGAACGGUGGAUAACCAUCGGUACAGCCGUUACACCGGUGGACUGUUACGUGGAACGCUUGCUGCAGGAAAUGCUAACAAACGAGGAAAGUAGGUGUACGAUCACCACCAGACAGGGCCACGAUAUCACCUUCACGAUGAAGCUGAUCCGAAUUGAAGGGCAGAAAUAUUACUACGAACUGACGGUCGGCGAAAGUCUCGCACUAGCUAAGCAAUACAAAGAGAAUGGAGUGAAAAUGUUCUCCCAGUAUCCACUGUUUGCUCACACGUACUUUAACCAGGCGGCAAAAUGUCUGCUCUCCUGGUCCCCGAUCGAUCAGCUCGAUCCGGCCAUCGAAGGAGCCGAAACGGUGCAGGAAAUGCAAACACUGCUCGAAACGCUUUACCUGAACAUUGCCGCCUGCCUUAUCAAGCAGAACCGCUUCGAGGAGGUACUGCACGUACUGCGGUACACGGACCAGCAGGAAUCGCCCUCGGCCAAAGCGACGUACCGGAAAGCGUUGGCCCAGUUUAAGAUCAAGCAGUUCAACGAAGCACUUACCACGCUGGAGCGGAUCGAUUAUGGCAGCAGCAAGGAAUGUGUCGCACUGCACCGGCAGAUCGUUCAAACGCGCCAACAGGAGGACACCAAGUACAAUUCGAUGGUAAAGAAAAUGUUUGCGUAGUGAUUUCUCUUUUCUACUUAAGGCAAUAAAAUGAAAUUAACCCGUUAAAACGGA